GGAAUCUUUUAUUUUUUUUCUCAACUCUCUUAUUACAUACGAAGUAUCGCGACGACGAAAAACUUCCAAACAUAAUUUCAUCUACCAUGCAAAAUGCGUCCUCUAUUAUGAGAAUAUACGCGGUUUCCAUCUCAUGGUAUUAAAUAGAAUUGCAUGUUACUCGAAUAUCGCAAUUUGUCGCUAAAAUGGGCCCACGGAAAUUAUCACUCCCUUCCUCACUCUUAAAAGAGUUAGAGGCUCAACAGCCUUCAUCCUUCACUGGAGGAAAAGGAAGACCAAAAAGGCAGCUCUCAAGAAGAGAACAACGUAAAGCUCAAAGAGUUCAGAAAAAGCAGUCUCGACGCCCUCAGCCACGUCAGAUAGUUGAGUCGCAAGGGCCAAGACGACUUUCUCAUCCAUCCGAGGACGCAUCCGAGAUUGAUGAAGAUGAAGAUGAUGGAGACAACGACGAUGGAGACGCUGAGCCAGACUACGGUGGUUUUGACUCAGAAAGUAACGAAGAUGAAAGUGUCCAAGACGAAAAACCAAACCAGUUGCGACCCUCCAAAACUGCGCAACAGAGACUCGCCCAGGAUGAUGUAGAGAUCGCCGACUUGGAAAGGAAACUUGGUUUAAAGGGAAGGAAGUCCCUACCCAAGUCAUUCCAGGACGAUGGCCUCGGAAACUUGUUAGAUGGCUUGGAUGACGACAAAGAAGACACUGGAGCAACAUCGAAUAGGAAGCGCAAAGCAGAAGCAGACGAGUGGUUAGCUCAAAAAAGGAGGAAAGCACAAGCUGCUGCUAAUGCCCUCGCCGCCAAUGAAAUUUUCGGUAACAGCGAUGGUGAAGACGAAGACGAUAAUGAGAGUGGGAGCGGUAAUGAUGAGGAUGAAGAUGACAACUCAGACUUGGGUGGAUUCGAUAGUGAUGAUGACGAAGAGACCACCGAUGAUGUAUUUGAGGGCGUUUCAGACGAAGAUGGACCCAAGCCUAAGAAGCCACAGCGAGAAAAUCCUUACGUUGCUCCCACGACAGGAGUUGCCAAAUAUGUUCCACCUUCUCUCCGUAAACAGUCGGGUUCGGCCAACGAAGCGGAAACCCAACUUCGAAGACGAGUUCAGGGGUUAAUCAAUCGUCUUACAACUGACAAUUUGAUUGGAAUAGUCAAAGACAUCGUAGCUUUAUACGACACCCACCCGCGACAAACAGUCACCUCCACAAUUACAGAUCUUGUUCUAGCCCUAGUACAGUCACCAGAAAAGCGGCCGGAUUCCUUUUUCACAAUGAUAGCUGGGUUUAUUGCAGCAAUGUAUAAGGCCAUGGGAAUUGCUGUCAGCGCUCACUUCAUACAACAACUCGUUGAUGUCUUUAGCCAACACUACGAAAAAGCAUCCGGCGAUCAAUCUGACUCUGGUUCAAAACACAUUGUGUCUUUACUUGCUGAGCUCUACAAUAUGCAAGUCGUCGGUUGCAACUUAAUAUUUGAUUAUAUCCGACUCUUCCUAAAUAACCUUUUGGAACUCAAUACAGAAUUGCUUCUGAGGAUCAUCCAGCUCUGCGGACCAUCACUCAGACGUGAUGACCCCCACGCGCUUGGGGAUAUCGUCAAUAGCAUCAAACUCGCCAACUUUAAGAACAUAUCAGUCAGGACGAGCUUCAUGAUUGAUGAGAUGAAGAAGCUCCAGAGCAACAAGACCAAAGCUGCAACUCGCAACAAGGACCUUGCGGACCAAAGGACUCAACUCAGGAAACGAAUCAAUACUCUAGGUGGCUCCCAAGAUAUCCAACCUUUCCGUAUGGGCCUCCAGGAUAUACGAGGUGCAGAUAAGCAUGGGAAAUGGUGGCUCGUCGGAGCUAGUUGGUCCGGCGCUCAUAGUGGACCUAAUGACCAAGGUGAAGCUUCGAAGAGGAAAGGGGAUGUCGAGGACAAUGACGAGGUAAGCGGGAUGAUGAAAUCUGGCGACGAUGGCCUAGGCAUUCCGGACCUUUGGCAGCUGGCCAGGGAGCAGGGAUUCAAUACAGAGAUACGACAACGUAUUUUUGUAGCCUUACACGCCGCUACAGAUUACGAAAAUGCCGAAUUGCUGAUACGAAAAUUGAGGCUUAACAAACACCAACGAAAAGAGAUACCGGAAGUAAUCGUCCGAAGCAGUGAACGGCAGUCUCAGUAUAAUCAUUAUUAUACACUAGUAGCUACCAAAUUUACCGGAGACCGAGAAUUGGCUUUCCAAUUCCGACGAUGCUUAACGACGCGGCUCAGAAAGAUGGGAGAAGAUAUCGAUGUUGGUGACGGAGACGACGUUGACCCCGAUGACGCAGCUGAUUAUGAUAUGCGAUGGGUAUACAACACGGCGAAGAUGUACGGGUCGCUCGUGGCUACCAGGGCCCUUCGCCUGUCAGACAUCAUCAAACAUCGGAAUCUUGCGGUUCUGCAGGAAAAGGCGCACAUGUUCUUCGAGGUUAUGUUCAUAUCCAUAUUCCAGGAGUGUAAACGUGAUGGGUUGAAAGAACUCUUUGAUGGAUUGGACGCAGAUCACGCUCGAGGGGUUCGGUACUUUGUAAAAAAGAAUGUACGCCAAACAGAUCUCCUGAAGGGUAAGAAGGAGAAGACUUCACUCAAGAAAACCUGCGAGGUUGCAGACCAAGUACUGGGUACUUUAUUGGUAACGGAGUCACUUUAACGAAAAGCCAUCUAAACUUGGUACCUUGUAAGCUGAGUCCUGGCCUUUCCAUCUUGUCGGGGUCGUGUCAAAAACAUUAAAUAAGUGGCGAUUGCCUCUUAGAUAAUAAUUAUAUAUCCCGUUGCCAUCGUUCAUCUAUAAUAUUCAAUAUGUGCCCCUAUUACAUUCGAAAUACAUAUAUGGUACGUAGGAAGGCAAGGAGGUUGGGCUUUUAUCCGCGGUUAUUUUCGGAACAACGGCGGAAACAGCGAAAAUGAUUCGCUAUGAAGGUUAGAAGGGUACCAGGUGGGUGCCCAUAUUUAUGUACAUACCAUACUAUAGGUAA